AUGGACCAGAUCACAUCCAAUGCUUAUCAAAGUUCAUCAAGAUUCGGGGCAAACACGUCCAACUUCUUGGAUUCCGGCGAUAUAUACGGCAUGGUUCAGUGCACGCGCGACCUCUCAGACAGUGACUGCGCCAAGUGCUUGAAUCAGGCUGUUGGAGUUGUGCGUGGCUACUGUUCAGGCAACAUCGGGUGCCAGGCUCUCAGCAUGAGCUGCACCGCCAGGUACGAGACUUAUCCAUUCUUCAAUGUUUCUUGGCUGGCACCCUCGCCGGCUCCGCCACCUGUACCUCCAUUUCUGGAGAAUAACACCAAUUCCAUAAGUCCCGCUCCAACAAUUGGUUCUGGUAGUAAGACUCCUGGUAACUCUCCCAACGGAAGGAAGACAAGAAAUACAGUGAGAUUGGUGGUUGUUAUUGUCAUUCCUCUAGUUGCUGCCUUUGUGCUUCUUUCAGGAGCAUACUUUUGGUUGCAGAGGAGAAGAGUGAGCAAGAGGAUUGUGAAGAGAGCACCGACUGAGUUAUAUCACUAUGAAAUAACAUCUCUGAAGAGUGUUGAAGAACAGGAAUUCAGAAGCACAGAGUCUCUGUUAAUAGAUUUGGCUACGCUCAGGAGUGCUACUGAUAACUUCUCUGAGACCAAUAAACUUGGAGAAGGUGGAUUUGGACCAGUUUAUAAGGGAGUGCUGGUGGAUGGGCAGGAAAUAGCUGUUAAGAGACUCUCAGGGGCAUCAUCUCAAGGGCUCUUAGAGCUAAGGAAUGAGGUUGUUUUGGUUGCUAAGCUUCAGCACAGGAACCUUGUAAUGCUUUUGGGUUGCUGUUUAGUAGGGGAAGAGAAGCUACUUGUUUAUGAGUACCUUCCUAAUACUAGCCUUGAUACAAUUUUAUUUGAUCCCAUAAGAUGCAAACAACUGGAUUGGGCUAAGCGAUACAAUAUCACUAAAGGCAUUAGUAGAGGGCUUCUAUACCUUCAUGAAGAUUCACGCCUUAGAAUAAUACACAGAGACCUCAAAGCGAGCAACAUCUUAUUGGAUCAGGACAUGAAUCCUAAAAUCUCAGACUUUGGCCUUGCAAAACUUUUUGGUGUAGAUGAAACACAGAACACUAGUCGUAUUGUUGGUACAUAUGGUUACAUGGCACCAGAAUAUACUAGCAACUCACCAGAAUAUGUUCUGCAUGGGCUGUUUUCAACUAAAUCAGAUGUUUAUAGUUAUGGAGUUUUGGUUUUGGAGAUUAUAACUGGUAAGAGGAACUUUGGGUUCCAAGCAUCUGGGCAUGCCCCUGAUCUUCUAAGUUAUGUGUGGCAACACUGGCAAGGAGGGACGGUACUAGAGUUAAAAGAUAAAAAUCUAAGUGAUGGAUUCCAGUUGGAAGAAGUAUUAAGAUGCAUCCACAUUGGAUUGCUUUGUGUACAAGAGGAAGCGAACCGUAGACCAAACAUGGCAUCCAUUGUUCUCAUGCUCGAGAGUUACUCUGCUUUCUCUUCUAACUCCUUCUCCUCCCGCUUUUUUAUUACGUAG